AUGGGAGGACGAGCGGUGAUGAGACCACUGAACGCGGGAAGGAAUCAACUAAGAGGUGGUCGAGCCCAAGCGGUUGGGCGUGUGUAUGCUAUAACGGGCGCGAAGGCAACAAGCUCAGGUAACCUCAUAUUCGGUGAUUGCUUGCUGUAUGGUAAACCUUGCUGUGUGUUGUAUGACUCUGGGGCAACUCAUUCCUUCAUUUCGAAGGCAUGUGUUGAGAAAGUGGGAAUAACUGAGAGUGAGAUGCAGUUCGACUUGGUGGUGUCAACCCCAGCGGCUGGCGAGGUUAGGACGUCUACAGUUUGCGUCAGAUGUCCUAUAGAAGUUGAGGGUCGUAGAUUUAAAGUUAAUCUCAUUUGUCUACCUCUUCAAGGUUUAGAAGUAAUAUUGGGAAUGGAUUGGUUGACUACCAAUCACAUUCUUAUAGAUUGUGGAGAAAAGAGGCUAGUGUUUCCUGAGGAAGAUGAAGAAGUGUUGUCUGUGACGCUCGGUCAACUAAAGGAGGAUAUCAUGGAAGGCGCCAACUGUUUUCUGAUAAUGACACACGAAGACAAGGAGGCUGGAGAAAUGAACUUUGAACGACCGUCCAGUAACAAGUCCAGUGGAGGACGAUCGGUUGUGGAUGAGUUCCCGGACAUCUUUCCGGAAGAAAUACCUAGACUACCUCCUACUCGCGAGGUUGAGUUCACGAUCGACUUGGUGUCAACGACAGCACCCAUUUCUGUUGCGCCCUAUCAUAUGUCGCCUGCGGAGUUAGCUGAACUUAAGAAGCAGAUUGAAGAUUUGAUGGACAAGCAGUUCAUCAGGCCGAUCGUGUCAUCCUGGGGAGCGCCUGUUCUCUUGGUGAAGAAGAAAGAUGGCAGCUCGGCUUUGCAUUGA